AUGGCAGUCCCGAACUGGCUCAGAAUUGUAUUCCUGCUCCUCACCUUCGCAUCGUUCCUGCCUCAGCUCCAACGGUUGUGGUUGCGUCGUGACAGCUCAGGAGUCAGCCUCUACUACGUCCUCUUCAACCUCUUAGUGGCGACUGAGCUACUCACGAUCGACCUUACCCUUUUGACGGGCGUCGAAGACAGCGAUGUUUUCGUGCACCAGCCCGCAUCCCGCGGCGACUGGUUGAACCUCGCCCAGUUUGCCAUCGUUUGGGCUCUAUGGGCGCUGAUCCUCGUUUCAUGCAUUGUGUUUUAUCCAAGCGAUGAACCUCGCGGCGUGCCCGCCAAAGUCUCUGCCAUCUACACGACCUACCUACUCAUCUCUCUCGUCCCCCUCCUCAUUGUCACAGCCAGCCCAUCAUCUAGGGAAGGCCGCAGGUGGUUUGACGCUCUGUUCCUCGGCUUCCACACCUACUUUCUGAACCCGAUCAUCACGAUCUUUGGCAUCGCUGCUCUAUACGCGGAAGCACGUGCAAUUCGUGCGCGCCCUGAAGGCUCAGGACUCGGUUCGCUCAGCGUUGUGGGCCUCGCGGCGCAGGCGGUUGUGUUCUUCAUCGUAGGAGUUGCGUGGCCUGGUCGCUUGGUCUGGCCCUUUCCGAUUUUCGGGAGGGCGUUCCUCGCCUGGAUUCAGAUGGUCGGGUUUGUGUUCAUCGACUACAUUAUCUUCGUGAUCGCUCAGGCGGAUCUGUUGUACAUUGCCAUGCAGCACAAUGGAUGGCAUGCGUGGGUUCAAGGCGCAAACGGCGAAAGGGAGCCUUUGAUCUGA